UAUGUUCAUUUAUAGUUGGCUACAUGAUCAAUUAUAUUUUAUUAAUUGUUCAUGUCUUCAUCACAAUACAAACUUCUAAACAAUUUUUACUCUUUUUUCUAUCAGUUAAAAGGAUUGGCAGAGUACAUGAAACACCUUGGAUAUCAAGAUGCAAAAAGAAUUGAAGACUACACAGUUGUUUUGGAAAAGAUGAAAUGGCGUAGCAACAAUGACUAUACAAACUGUGGAGUUUACAUUAUGAAGCAUAUGGAAAUCUUCACUGCUGAUCCUAAUGAGAGCUGGAUUUGUGAUUUAAAACCAAACAAUGUGGAACAAAUUAGAAAGCUAAGGCUCCAAUACACAGCAGAACUGAUGUUAUUUGAAGAAAACACUGAAUCAAGAGCAAAUAGAAGGAAAGCUAGAAAAUUUGCAACUUUGUAGUUUCAAAUGUUCAUUUACAACUAUGUAUAUGUUCAUUUCUUAUAUAUGACUAUUUUUUUUUUUAAGAAA